AUGGCUUCCACGUCGUCGCCCGAUACAGAGGGCAGUAGCCCCGCGGGCACCACCUCGGGAUCCACAUCGAUGAACAGCAAGACCGCGUCGCCCGCAAACGAGGUCGAGAUGAAGCCUAUCCAGCGCGAUGCGCCCAAGGGCUCGAUCCCGUUGGGUGAGGAUAUUAUGCAGUUGGCUCGGAUUGGCGAGAUUGGCGCCAUGCAGAAUAUGUUUGCGACGAAGAAAUUGACUGCGAAUCAUCGGGAUGAGGAGGGUAUUACGCCGCUUCAUUGGGCGGCUAUCAACAACCAAUAUGCCAUGUGCAAGUUCCUCCUCGACUCGGGCGCCGACGUAAACGCCAAAGGCGGAGAAUCAGUAGCUACACCGGCUAUGUGGGCAGCGCAGCGAUGCCACUACUACAUUGUCAACCUCUUGCUUUCCUACGGUGCAGACCCGCUUUUGACCGACGUGCAAGGUUACAACAUCCUUCACCUGGCGACCAUCGACGGCAACGCAUUCCUCGUGCUCCUCCUCCUACACCAAGAGAUCCCCGUCGAUGUAGUCGACCAGCAGGGACACACGGGUCUGAUGUGGGCUGCGUACAAGGGCUAUCCAGCAUGCGUGGAUUUAUUCUUGCGAUGGGGCGCGAAUGCCAACGCCGUGGACGAGGGUGGUUUGGCACCGCUGCACUGGGCGCUGGUCAAGGGCUCUUUACCCAGCGUGUUGAAGCUGCUGGAGUACGGCGCGGAUCGAUUUGCGGAAACGCGCGAUGGCAAGUCUCCUAGUACUGUUGCGCAGGAAAUGAACACUUCGCGCGUUUGGUUGCGUGCUCUUGCUGAGCGGGGGUACGAGCCUGAUGGUACGCAGAAGGCUGUACCGAUGGGGUUGUCGGGGUAUAUGCGGAAUAAGAGCGUUAUGGGCAAGUUCUUCUUCUUGUGGCCGUUCUUGACUCUUUUGCUGGCUAUUUGGAUGCUCAGUCAUAUGCCUAUUUGGUUUGGUGUUCCGUUUACGGCUGCGACGGUGUUUGGUAUGCAAUAUGUUGCGCAGCAGGUGGCGAAUCGGGGUCCUGCCGAGUAUCGGAUUUUGCAGAAGACGCCGUAUCUGGCUGGUGUUUUUGCAGCGACGCUGUUCUGGGUUGGAUUCCGUUAUGCCUUCAAAGUGUUGCCAGCUACCUACUCUUCUGCCCCAAUCUUGAAUAUCCUGUUUGCCGCUUUCUUUAGUCUCACGGCCUACUUCUACACUUUGGCUAUGAUUGAAGAUCCUGGCUAUGUGCCCAAGCUCAGCAGCCGGAACCAGCAGAGGGAGAUGGUGAAAGAGCUGUUUGAGCAGUGGAAGUUUGACGAAGAGAACUUUUGCGUUCCUUGCAUGUCGAGAAAGCCCCUUCGUAGCAAGCACUGCCGCCGCUGUGGCCGCUGUGUUGCCAAGCAUGACCAUCACUGCCCCUGGAUUGACAACUGCGUUGGAGCGAACAAUUUGCGCCACUUUGUCAUGUAUAUUGUCUCUCUCGAAGUCGGCAUCAUUCUCUUUGUGCAGCUCAGCAUUGGCUAUAUCCAAGGUCUACCACCCGUCACCGGCGCCAAGUGCAACAUUAUUAACGACACACUAUGUGACAUCGUGACUCGCGACACUUUCACUCUCGUCCUCGAUAUCUGGAUCAUCCUCCAGCUAGUCUGGGUCACGAUGCUCUGCGCCGUCCAGCUCGUGCAAGUCUCCCGCAACCAAACCACAUACGAGAACAUGCGCGGCCACCACAUCGACCGAUCAUACCCAAGCUCACAAGCCUUCGCCUCUGCCAUGACAGCCGGCACAACCUCCCUCGAAGGCGCCGGUCUUACUGCCUCCGGCGCCGGCCCCAACCCAGCACUCGCCCGCCCCGGUCCACCCCGCCGACGACACGGCUUCUGCACACAGUGGUCCUCCCUGCUGGGCAUCGACACGUUCUUCGCGACAGCAAGGGACGGUCUUCGCGAUGGACCGCAGGCUGCUCGACCACGUAACCCCUUCUCCCACGGUAUCGCUACCAAUUGCCGCGACUUCUGGUGUGAUCCGGCGCCUAUCUUUGGUAAACGUACCACGGGCUCAGGGAUGCUGGGUGGUGAGGUUGUAAAUUACAACGAUAUGUAUGAGACUCCGACGCGCAUGCGUAUGGGUGGGAGUCGCAGCGGUGAUGGUGCUGCGUAUCGCAGUGUGGCGGGUGAUGAUCCCGAGCAGAUGGUUUGA